GGGUGAGAGGCCGGGCAGGGCUGCGGAACGUAGGAGUCGUCGUUGCUUUACAUCGCGCGGUUGGGGACGUGGGGUUGCAGAACGGGUCCCCUUCAUCGGGGUGGGUUCGGGGCCCUGGCAGGCUUUCUGCGAAGGUGCCCCGACCUAGCGGCUGGGCCUCAGUGGGCCUAGGGUGUACUUGGACUGCCGAGACCGCUCGGUGGCCCCGGAGCUGGAUGAAACAGGUUGCCUGAGCUCUGGCCGCCGCCCUGGCAGCCAGGUCGUGCCCCCAUCUCAGCCUAGGUUCUCUUUUCCCCCUGUUCUGCAGGCUCGCUUCCGGCGCCAUGGCUCAAAGGGCCUUCCCGAAUCCUUAUGCCGAUUAUAACAAAUCCCUGGCCGAAGGCUACUUUGAUUCAGCCGGGAGGCUGACUCCUGAGUUCUCACAACGCUUGACCAAUAAGAUUCGGGAGCUUCUUCAGCAAAUGGAGAGAGGUCUAAAGUCAGCAGACCCUCGAGAUGGCACUGGUUACACUGGUUGGGCAGGUAUUGCUGUGCUUUACUUACAUCUCUAUGAUGUGUUCGGGGACCCUGCCUAUCUACAGAUGGCACAUGGCUACGUAAAGCAAAGUCUGAACUGUCUGACCAAGCGUUCCAUCACUUUUCUUUGUGGGGAUGCAGGCCCCUUGGCAGCAGCCGCUGUGCUGUAUCACAAGAUGAACAAUGAGAAGCAGGCGAAUGAUUACAUCACACGGCUAAUUCACCUGAACAAGAUUGAUCCCCAUGUUCCAAGUGAAAUGCUCUAUGGACGGAUGGGCUACAUCUAUGCUCUUCUUUUUGUCAAUAAGAACUUUGGAGUGGAAAAGAUUCCUCAAAGCCAUAUUCAGCAGCCCAGCCUUCAAGUAAGCCAACUGAAGUUACAUAGUUUGGUCAAGCCCAGUGUAGACUAUGUCUGCCAUCUGAAAUUCCCUUCCGGCAAUUACCCUCCAUGUGUGGAUGAUAACCGAGAUCUGCUUGUCCAUUGGUGCCAUGGCGCCCCUGGGGUAAUCUACAUGCUCACCCAGGCCUAUAAGGUGUUCAAAGAGGAACAGUAUCUCUGUGAUGCCUAUCAGUGUGCUGAUGUGAUCUGGCAAUAUGGGUUGCUGAAGAAGGGAUAUGGGCUGUGUCACGGCACCGCAGGAAACGCCUAUGCCUUCCUGACCCUGUACAACCUCACACAGGAUAUGAAGUACCUGUAUAGGGCCUGUAAGUUUGCCGAAUGGUGCUUAGAUUAUGGGGAACAUGGAUGCAGGACACCGGACACCCCCUUCUCCCUCUUCGAAGGAAUGGCUGGAACAAUAUAUUUCCUGGCUGACCUGCUGGUCCCCACAAAAGCCAGGUUCCCUGCAUUUGAACUAUAAAAGGAAAGCAUGCCCCCUGCAACUCUGACUGCAUGACCCUUUCUGUAUAUUCAAACCUGGGCUAAGUGCUUCCGUUGCUUUUCAAGGAAACAUCAAGUGAAACUAUGUACUUGACUUAGUUUUGUUUUUGUUUUUCCAGAAUGCUUGUCUUUAGUUCAGUUCCUCUCCUUUUUUUUUUUUUUUCUUCUUUUUAAAAAAAAACAUUUACUUAUAUUUAAAAGUAUUCAAGGAAGUCUUUUAACUUUAAUUUCAAUUUCUUCCUAAAGGGAGGGUGGGUGUCAUUUACAGUAUUUUGAGGUCAUAUACAGAUAUUUCAGAACUGGGUGGAAAUCUUAUUUAAGUUUAUGAAUAUAACCAUCUGUUACUGUUCUAAAAAUGUUUAAGAGAAAUUAAAGAUAGAUAAAGAUAAAUAUAUGGUUAUUAUUGGAUAUUGCCCUUCACCUCUUCUCUUUAAUAUUUUUCCUUCAACAGGAGGGCAGACAGUUUAAUGACUUGCUCUUCUCUAGGUGGUUGGUUAUGAAAGGGGACAAAAAUAUAACUUAUAUGCUUAUAGGAAAAAACUUGCAAGAGUUACAAACUAGACUCAGGACCUAAAUACCAUUUUUCAAAUUCAUGAUGCCUGUUUGGACUAAAGAUAAAUAUGCUUUCAAAUUUGCCUUUUUCUCAGUAAGCUAAGCCAUCCGGGCACCGUAAGCCAAUAUGUUAAUCAAAAAUUUCUAAAAUAUGAUGGUUGUUGUGAAACUUCUGAUUUGAAAGAUAGUUCAGGAUAAGCUAUUAAUAACAGUUUGUUGUUUUCUCUAAAAUAAUUUAGUGUAUUUUGAAAUUACUUUUUAAAAUUUGUUUGUUCUUUGGUAUUUGUAUAAGAUCAGGAAGCUAAUUUUCUGUUUGUGAAUACACUGUGACCUAGGAUUCCAGUGCACCCUGUUCAACUGGCCUAAAUUUCGACUUGUGUUCUACUUCCUUUGCAAUGACUAUGUUUUAGUGCUGGCUGUUUGGUAUAAGCCAAAAGAUAUUUUUCUUCCAUUCAAUUUAAGUGAAUAUUGAUCUUUUCGCUAAAUAAUACAGCAUUCUAUUCCUGUUUGAAAAAGGGACUUAAGGGGAAUGCUAUAUAACCAGUAACUUGAACAAGAACACUGAGCUUUUGAUAGAUACACUGUUGGUUUAGAGGUAUUAUCCAGAGUUCAUGCUUAGAACAAAUGGAUCUUUGCAAGGUUUAACAGUUCAUCAGUUUCUGAGGUCACAGAAUUGAGCUUUAUAUGGCAGAUGAAGACUGACUACCUGGUGCUUCGGAUUCUGUCCAAAUGUUUUGACUUGUCAGCUUUACUCUUCCUCCUUCCAUUGCUGCCUUUCCCAGGCCUUUGUCAUUUCAUUUUGACUGAACAUUUUGCAGCUUUAAAAACGCAGGGUCUAAGAAUUUUAAAUGUGCCAGUUUCAUAGCUCUCUUGGUCACAAAAGCAUGUUAUUUUUAUUGAAACUUUGAACCAAAUUCCCACGGAGUGUAUCCUGGUUUCUGCAGAUAGCACUCCCCUGUUAUUUUCUAUUUUGCACCAAAAUAGCUAAUAUUGCAAGUUGACCCUUUAAAGGCUACUACAGUAGGAACUAAAAAGCAGCCCCCUGCUCAAUUCCUAGGAUUAGCUUACUCCUUGUCAGGGACUAUCUUGUGCCUCAGAUUUCCACGGUGCCACUGGUAGACUGUGCAAGCUGUGUCUUCCUUGUGAAAGUUUCCAUCAACAGCAUUUACAGUAAGAAGCAAAAGAGGAACACAGCAAAACGAAUUUGCCCUUAGCCAGGUGUCCAGCUUGACAAAAUAAAACCCUUUUGGUUUAGAUAAAGGUCUUACUGUACUGUGCCUACACUUUUAUCUACUGCAGUUACGAACCAGGGAAAAAGAACAAAACACACUUUGUCCGAGCAAAAGGAAACAGAAUCACAGUACUUCUCUAAGCUUCUUGAUUGAUUUAACCCCAAGAAGACUUCGGCAGGGAGAGAACUUUGAAUAAGAAUCUUGUUAGUAUUUGGAUUACAGUGUAGCUGCUGUCAUCCAUUAACAAAUUUAUCAACACAAACACAAUUCAGCUUGUGUAUUUUUUUAGCUUAUUAAGACUGUUAUUAAACUAGCGGGAUUUUAUAUUUGUGCCAUCAUUUGCUUUACUUAUGUAUGCUUAAGAGCUAAAAAAGUUUUGAUGGAAUUUUAAACUCAGACAAAGGCGACAAAGCUAAUACCAAUACCCUAACACCAUUUCAGUGGUGACUGAAAGAAACUUUACCCUUGCUUUCUUAGUUUUAAGAGGAAGGGCAUUAUUGUUUCAGUUCUAUUUCUGUUACUUUUUCCCCUCAGAUGUAUUUUUCUUGGUUAAAAAAAAAAAAAAAAAAAAACUUCCCAAAAGUUGCUGCCCAGAAAACUCAAUAGUAUCUUAAAGUUCCACACGAGGACUAGAUAGCAAAACCCUCAAAACUUGUCAAGCAGUGUUCAUAUAUCCUGUCAUAUGUUUCUGUUCAUGUAGUGAGGAGAAAUUGCAAUUGUCAACUUUCCAUUACGUAAAAAAUGCUAACAUUAUAAUAACCAAUCCCAUAGAUCCUGGCCUUUAGGCUCACCUGAUGUGUUGGUCUUUAGUCCUUAGAGUCAUUUGGCUCCUUUUGCAUCUUUGAUGUCUCUUCCAAUUCUUUGGUAACAAAAGCCUUCAUGGUGGGUCAAGUUUUGGGUAAAUGUGGAGCUAAGGUCAUUUUUUCUCCUUAUUACCACUUCCCUACAUCAGUGAAUUGAGAGACAUACUCUGUUCUAAUGUCUUCAGGUUAAUUUGUGUCUUAUCUUAUGAUGCCCUGCCUUCUACUGGCUGAUUUUGAAAUAUAAAAUAUGAAGAGUGAAUAUUUUACUCAUGCCCUCCUUUGGCCACUAGAACUCAUCUGUAGUCCUUUAUUACUUAUACUGAAUUCCGAUUCCAUUUCUGCUUCUCCGAAACAGGUCAGAGCCCUCUGCUUCUGUAUUUUCUAUACUGUUGAGAUGUAGAACUGUUUCUCUCCGAUAGGUAUAAAACAAAGUGUUUAGGAUAUUCAGGAAACCCUCUUGUCAUUAGGGGGGUUGGGAUCAUAAUGUAUUUCUGUGUUCUGUAAAGGAUUUGACUUACUGGUUCUCAAUAAAAUUUUAU